CCCUGCUGUUUCUAUAGGAACUGCGACAGCGCCCAGGCCCUUCCAGCCGAGGCCCCCGUGCGAGCAUGCCCAGUGGAAGACGCUAGUUUGGCUCGGGUCUAGGUUUCCAGUAAGUGGCAUGCGGGACUCUGGAGAGAUCCCAAUGAGCUGAGCCGAGAGUCUUUGUGUGCAGAGGGAGGAGGAGGCGGCGGCGGCCGCCUGGCCUGGAGACCCCUCCCGAGGAGCCCCCGGCAGGAACAAUGCUAGCCUGCCUGACCCGGGGGAACUUACUGGACGUCCUGCAGGAGGGCUUCAAUGAGGUGAGACUGAGUGCCUUGGCCACCCCUCCAGUCCUGGCCUGUUCUCCAGAGCAACAGCUGCAGGCAUACGUGGCCUGGGUGAAUGCACAGCUCAAGAAGAGGCCAGCGGUGAAGCCGGUACAGGACUUGCGACAGGAUCUUCGGGAUGGGGUGAUCCUGGCAUAUCUCAUCGAAAUUGUUGCAGGAGAAAAGCUGAGUGGGGUACAGCUGAGUCCAAGUAACCAACAGGAGAUGAAGAAUAAUGUGGAAAAAGUGCUGCAGUUUGUAGCCUCCAAAAAGAUUCGUAUGCACCAGACAUCGGCUAAAGAUAUUGUGGAAGGAAACCUGAAGUCUAUCAUGAGGCUGGUUCUUGCCUUGGCAGCUCAUUUCAAACCUGGCUCAAGUAGGACGGUGAGCCAAGGACGGGACUCCAGAGCCCCUCUGCAGAGUCACCAGCCACACUGUGCCACUGCCGUGGCCCAGGGAGCAGCUGCCGCUCUGGCCGACGUGUGUCAUGAUAUGUCACGGUCAGGACGCGAUGUCUUUCGAUACAGACAGAGGAACAGCAGCAUGGACGAGGAGAUUGAGAAUCCGUACUGGAGCGUGCGAGCCCUGGUGCAGCAGUACGAAGGGCAGCAAAGGUCCCCGUCUGAGUCCAGCUGCUCCAGCCUGACUUCACCCAGUCCUAUCCACAGUGCAAAGAGCGAAUCCAUUAUAACCCAGUCAGAAGAGAAGGCAGAUUUUGUGAUUAUUCCCUCUGAAGGAAUAGAGAACAGAACAGAGGAGACAGACUCUCCAUUAUCCCGCGACUGGCGACCGGGCAGCCCGGGAACCUAUCUGGAGACUUCAUGGGAAGAACAGCUGUUGGAACAACAAGAACACUUAGAAAAAGAAAUGGAGGAAGCCAAGAAAAUGAUAUCAGGAUUACAGGCCUUACUCCUCAAUGGAUCCCUACCUGAAGAUGAACAGGAGAGGCCCUUGGCCCUCUGUGAACCAGGAGUCAAUCCUGAGGAACAAUUGAUUAUAAUCCAAAGUCGUCUGGAUCAGAGUAUGGAGGAGAAUCAGGACCUAAAGAAGGAGUUGCUGAAAUGCAAACAAGAAGCCAGAAACUUACAGGGAAUAAAGGAUGCCUUGCAGCAGAGGUUGACUCAGCAGGACACAUCUGUUCUUCAGCUCAAACAAGAACUGCUGAGAGCAAAUAUGGACAAAGAUGAGCUGCACAACCAGAAUGUGGAUCUGCAGAGGAAGCUAGAUGAGAGGAACCGGCUCUUGGGAGAAUAUAAAAAAGAGCUGGGGCAGAAGGAUCGCCUCCUUCAGCAGCAUCAGGCCAAGUUGGAGGAAGCACUCCGGAAACUCUCUGAGGCCAGUUACCAGCAGGUUGAUCUGGAGCGGGAGCUGGAACACAAAGAUGUCCUUUUGGCUCACUGUAUGAAAAGAGAGGCAGAUGAGGUGACCAACUACAACAGUCACAACUCUCAAAGCAAUGGUUUCCACCCUCCAGUGGCAGGAAAAGCAGCUGCUUCCAUCACCCACAGAGGGACAAGCGACCUGCACCUUGUUCGAGAUGCCCUCCGCAGCCUGCGCAAUAGCUUCAGUGGCCAUGAUCCUCAGCACCACACCAUUGACAGCUUAGAGCAGGGCAUCUCCAGCCUCAUGGAGCGCCUGCAUGUCAUGGAGACCCAGAAGAAACAAGAAAGAAGGGUUCAAGGCAAGUCAACCAGAACUCAAGCAGGCAGUGAAUAUCAGGACUCCUGGCCCCCUAAUUCGACAUGUUGGAAAUCUACGCUGCCUGAGUUGCCUCACUCGCAGAGCUCUCCAACUGUCAGCAGCGCCUGCACUAAAGUGCUGUAUUUCACUGACCGGUCCCUUACACCCUUCAUGGUCAAUAUACCAAAGAGGUUAGAGGAAGUGACACUGAAGGAUUUUAAAGCAGCUAUUGACCGAGAAGGGAAUCACCGGUAUCACUUCAAAGCGCUAGAUCCCGAGUUUGGCACUGUCAAAGAGGAGGUUUUUCACGAUGAUGAUGCCAUCCCUGGAUGGGAGGGGAAAAUUGUAGCCUGGGUGGAAGAAGACCAUGGAGAAAAUUAAUGCUGAGUAUUAGAUUAGGGCCUUGUGGAACUUGGCACUCCUGGCUGCUUCACUCAGGAAAGAGGACUAAAACCGGAAAACACUAAGAAGUUUCUAGUUCGUGCUGCCAAAACAGAAACUUUUCCAAGUGUGAUAGCCACAGGCCAGUCCUGUGUCUGUGCCUGGCAUAUAUGGUACUUAAAAUCUCUGUCCAAAUGUAGACCAUGGGUUCAUCUGGAGUUCCUUGUCCGUGGGAACACAGUGUUUUAUUCUACUCUGAGAACAACAAACCGAAGGCCUUAACCAAUGGGGAUGGAUGAUCCCGCUCCUAUAGGGGCAUGGCUGCUAUUAUCUGGAACCUGGGAAUUGGAUGCAUCACUCCUGUGUGUUACAGUAUUAUUUUAACUGGCCUCAAUGGUUGCAGCAAUCAGAGUCCCAGCAUCUGUACUCACAGACAAGGCAAAGGUACCAGCUUUUUUGCUUCUUUGCAGCUAUUGCAAACCAAGAAUAACUCAUGAGGGUGGUACCAAAGAUGAAAGCCCACUCUUCAGGAAUCUUUUGGACUGGACAUGGAUGGUGCUGAAUUGCUGAUUGGAUGGAAAAAGGGCUGCCCAUUUGUGCUAAAACCAUAAGUAAGACCUUGGGCUGCCUCUUGUGUCUUAACUGCUUCUGCAACUUAUCCUUCGGCCCACAGAGGCGUAUUUCAUGUACUGCUAGUUUUUCUCUGGGGACUCUUUAACUUUAGAGCCAUUUUUUUCUUUUCCAGUUGAUGAACUUUGUGCUUGAAAGGAAUAAGGAGUGAAAGUCUCCUUAAAAAUCCAGGCGGGUAUGGAAAGGUGCUGCUACCCAUAUCUUCUUGACUUUCUUUCUCUCAUGACUUUCUUUAGCUCAUGACAUCUCCUUUGGAGUCAAAAGGAGAGAGACCAUUAAUUUCAGUAUUUGUAACUUAUGAGUACUGAGCAUGAGUUACUGGUCUGCCCCUCUUCAUUUCAAGGCCAGAGUUAUUUUCUAUUAUAUAUUUAGUCUAGGCUGAUCCUUUAGGGUACACUAGGAACCAUGGGGGCAUGGAGCAUGAGUUGUGAAUGGCAGGGUUGAUUCUAGGUGAAAAAAAUCUAGAAUCCUUUCUCAUGUGCAACAUUGUCAAGUGUAGAAGCUAAAAGAGUUAAACUUCCAGAUAUAACUUAGUAACUUGGGUUUUCUCAUUCACCAAGCACCAUCAACCAAUCAGCCAUUACUAUAUAUACAUAUUUUCCCAAAAUUCUGCCUAUGACCACUGAUGUACACUGCCAACCAGAACAGUCAGACAGAUCUGUCCUGGGUUCUUGACCUGUCUGUCUCUAGUUCAUCUCCCCUUUUCAGCCAUUUCAACAGUCUACUCAUUGAAGCUCUGAGAUGACAUUUCAUUGUUAUAUAUAGAUGUGUCUUUUAAAAAUAGUUAUGUUUGGAGAAUUCUUUUGUACUCAUUUGCUUGUUGUCUGAGAACCAUGUCUAUUUUUAUAACUUGAGUGUGAGUUCUGUAUAUUCUCACAUUCUGUAUACUGUAUCCAUUUUCUAGAGAACCCAGUAGCUUUUAUACAGGCUCUUCUCUUCUUACCAGCCCUUGCGGUUUCAGAACAAGCUUUAUUUUAUUACAAGUAUACUAAUGACAACUAAUUCUGUUCCAACUCUACCUGCCAUUUUAGUUUUGGAGGUAGUUUUAUGUAAUCUAUUUGGUUGCUCCUCUAGCGGACAGAAGGAGCUCAAAAGACACCUGAUGUCUUUCAUGUACGUUUACCUGGUCUUCUCCUAUUGAAGAAUGAUUUCUCAUCAGAAAUGACUGGAAAUGACACUUUGGAAAGUUAGUCAAAAGCAAGAAUAAUUCAUUAUGAAAGCAAACAGAAGAAAACAGUAUAUUCUCAGUUUUUUCCCCAGGAAGUCUGGAGAAAAAAUCCUCAUGUCACCCAUUUCUCUGUUGCAUGAAUUUUAGUGUUUUGCUAUAAGACAGCAUGAGGGUUAUCAGACCAAAAUUCGUUAUUGUAUUUCCAGUACAAUUAAUCUUGAAUGUCUGUCUCUUAAAUCAGUUUUUACUUGUCAGUUUUCUUUCAGCAAACAUUCUUACCAUUAUGUAGAAUUUAACUUUUCAGAGAAAAUUAAAUCAGAGAAAAAUGUCAAAGUCCUCUACCUUGUCUUUUAUCUUUAUGUCCUUUCAAAAAGGAGCCUGCAUGGCCUUAGUGCCUCCAUAGAAAGCUGAAGUUGAGUUCAGGGGAGAAAAUAAGAUGACUUUUUUCCUCUUUGGCCCAAUAAUCUCAUAUGCCAUGGGUAACAGCUAAGCCCCCGCAAUACAGGAUGUCACUCCAGUAAUUCUUGUGUAAAGUGUAGUGGUAGUCCUCCUUCCAGUUUCUAAAGACAGGAGCCUUCCGAGGAGCGUGCACUGAUUCAUUCUGGUUUGAAUAGUCCAUCUGAUAUCCUGUGGCUGCACUGGGAGAGGCCUCUUGACUGAUCAGAGUAUUGUCCCCUCGUGGCAUUUGUGUGGAAUAGUCCAUCCUGCUAUUCCUAAAGUUCUCUCUUUGAGAAAACUAAGGAACUAGAAUGUUUAGAGUUCAUAAAAUAAUCUCUAAACCCUGUUAGAUUAAAAAAAUGACCCUCUCAUAAAAACUAGUUUAGUAGAAAGCUCAAUUCCUUAAGAAGUCUUCAUCAUUUAAAAACUGAAGCCCUAUUCUCAUUCAGUUCCUUAAAUUAGUUGGAAUUGGAACACUUUACAAUUUGAACCUAAAGAAUUUGGGUUAAACUUACUCGGUAAUGGCAAUCUUACUUCCUGACCAACUUUUCAGCUCUUUUUGACCAGGAUGGUUGUAAAUUAGGGAAAAUAUCUUUAUGUUCUACAGCCAAUCCACGAGGACUGUAAUUACUUAAAAGCAUUUAGGUCAUAAUUAUAAUUUCAUUUUUUCCCAUAAAAUAAGCAUUAUGAUUGCACACUCCUAUUGUCUGAAUUUAUGUAAGAGGUAUAGCUUGCUUAAAAUAUAUAUGUAAAGUUAUAUUUUCUUAGAAACAUGGAUGUUUGCAACCAUUGUUUUCAAAGAGAUUAUUACCAUGUAUUCUCCCUGUUUUACAAUGUUUUCAUGAAGGCUGUGUUAUACCAGAGGCUUCUGAUUAUCAAAGUGAUAACCAGUUUUAACUGCCUGUAUGUACCAGAUUUGUGAACUAAUUAAAAAAAAAAAGAAACUAUGAAUAAAAUGGAGUUUGCAAACUAAA